AUGGCUGAAGCUCUCACAACAAACAUUGACUCUUUCAACUGUCCAAUUUGUCUGGAUGUACUUAAGGAUCCAGUCACCAUUCCAUGUGGACACACUUAUUGUUUGGACUGCAUUAAAUGUUGCUGGGAUCAGGAGGAUGGUAAAGGCAUCUACAGCUGCCCACAGUGCAGAUGGACAUUUCUGCCAAGACCCCUUCUCUGUAAAAACACUCUGAUUGCUGAGAUGAUGGAGGACUUUAGGAAAACUGGACUCCAAACUGCUACUCCUGGUCAGUGUUCUGCAGGACAUACAGAUGAGAAUCGGCACAGCUGCACUGGGAACAAACUCAAAGAUGUUAAGGAGCGACGUUGCAGUAGCAGCACCAGGGUCUCAGCAUGGUCUCAAGCUGAGCACUCAGACCAAACAGAUAAGCUUUGUGAGCUGCAUGGAAAGCCUGCAGCAAUCUUCUGUCGCACAGAUCAAAGUUAUAUUUGUUCAUUGUGUAUGGUGGAGGACCACAAAAAGCAUGACAUCCCAAAUAAAGACAAGCCACAGAGACUGAUCUUCAGGAGACAAACAUCUGCAGCAGAAAGUGAUUGUGUAUCUACACUGACAUUUGCACCUAAAAGGUCAACUUUGCGCAAACCUGCCGUCAGACCACCACCUCCACCAAGGAUUCAAAAGACUUCUAAGGUGCCAGAGGGGGGUGGUAAAGAGAUAAAUGCGUUUUGGAAGAACCUGUCAGAUCAUUCGUCAUCUAAACUGAGGAGAUGGCUUGAAAGUGAAAAACAGCAGUCAGUAAACUGUGUGAGGCUGGUCCUGAUUGGAAAGACUGGAGUUGGAAAGAGUGCUACAGGAAACACCAUCCUAGGAAGGAAAGAAUUUGAUUCCAUUGUUUCAACAGUUUCUGUCACGACAAAAUGUAAAAAAAGCACAGCUAUGAUUGGUGCCAGAAUGGUGCAGGUAAUUGACACCCCAGAUCUUUUUGAUACGACUGUCUCAAAUGAGAAGAUCAAAGAAGAGAUUGUGAAAUGCAUCACCAUGUCCUCACCAGGUCCCCAUGUGUUCCUGCUGUUGGUCUCUGUUGGACGCUUCACCCAAGAGGAUAGGGAGACAGUGAAGAUGAUCCAGGAGAUCUUUGGAGAGUACUCCAAAGCGUACACAAUGGUGGGAUUCACUAGAGGAGACGAUCUUGGGGAAUGCACAAGCAUAGAGGAGUAUAUUCAGUCAGGCCAUAAUGAGAUGAGGGAACUCAUACAAGAAUGUGGGGGAAGAUACCAUGUCUUCUACAAUAAGAGAAAUAACAAUGAUUAUCAGGCCAGCUCUCUGCUGGAGAAAGUUGACAAGAUGAUCCACCAAAAUGGAGGAGGAUUCUACACCACAGCCAUGUAUGAAGAGACAGAAGCAAACAUUACAGCAAGAGAGAUGAUGCUUUUACAUAAAAGAGUGGAGGAAUUGAAGCAAAGUAAAGUGAUCUAUUUUGCACGCUACAAUGUAACAACUGUAGCCCAGCCAGUAGAGGGUGAGAAGACUCUAAACAAUGUGAGAGGUGAACUUGUCAAAUCAAGUGAGAAGGAGAGGUCCACGCCGGGGAAAUUAAGGCCCCAUAGGAAUAUGGAAGACAUGGAAGAAAAUAUCUUAUCUGAACUGGCCAAGAGUCGUGAUGUCAUCCGGGAACAGGCUGAGAAGGAUGAAGCCAAAGCCACUGCCAAAACUUUAAAAUUAACACGUUUUAGAUGCUCCAUCUCAUAAGAUCUGCCAGCAUGGCAGCACAACAUUUUGGGUGUGCCACUAAUCUAGUCUUGUG